AUGCCUCCGCGCCUUCCGCACUUCUCGUUACGACAUCCUCCAGUCUUCUCCGUCCGCGUUACCGUCGCGAGGUAUAGCACCAGUCCUGAUGAUGCCGUGCUUAAGAUCCAACAGGUUCCUGCUCCCGGUUCCGGAAACAUUCGGGUCCUGCUGUUGAACAGACCCAAGGCGAGAAAUGCGCUCUCCAGAAGCCUCGUAGCCAACCUGGCCCAGCAUGUGAAAUCCAUUUCUGCCGAAGGAGGGACGGGUCCAACUCGAGCCCUGAUCAUUGCCAGCAACGCCGAUUCUGCCUUUUGUGCUGGCGCCGAUCUGAAGGAGCGAGCGAAUAUGACCAAAGAAGAGACGAACGAGUUCCUUUCAAAUCUUCGGAGCACAUUCCGCGACCUGGCGAGUCUCCCCAUCCCAACAAUCUCCGCGAUUUCCUCCACCGCACUAGGCGGGGGCUUAGAAUUGGCCCUGUGUACCCAUCUACGGGUGUUUGGCUCCGCCAGCACGGUCGGGCUGCCAGAGACUCGGCUGGCCAUCAUCCCCGGGGCGGGGGGCACGUACCGUCUGCCGGGCGUGAUUGGAGUGAACCGCGCCCGGGAGCUCAUUCUGACGGGGCGUCGCGUAUCGGGGGCGGAAUCAUAUUUCAUGGGGCUCUGCGAUCGGCUGGUUGAGAUCCACCCCGAGGAGCAAGAGAAGGAGGGCGCUGCUCGGGACAAGGUGCUGCGCGAGAGCAUCAAUUUGGCCCUAGGUAUCUGCGAAGGUGGGCCCAUCGCCAUCAAGCAGGCGCUCCAGGCUGUGAAAGGAUACCAGCGGGGCGAGGAAGCGGAGAAUGAGGCAUAUGCGGGGGUGAUUGACACCGAAGAUCGACUGGAGGCUCUCCGGGCGUUUGCAGAAAAGAGGAAGCCUGUGUUCCGGGGACGAUAG